AUCGCACACCGCCAUAUUGGGUGAAGCUACUGAAGAGACGAGAAAGAGUGGAGGCAGAGAGAAGGAGGGGGAGAGACUGAGUUUUCGGGUUUGUAAACAGCUCCUUUUUUAUGCCAGAACGGGAAUAAAACGACAGAACGCAGCCCAUUUAUGAACCGGUAAGCUCAUAGGUUCGGAAUCGCAGGCAAGAAGAGAUCAGGAUCUUCCCGUUUUUUGGACUUGUCUGGAGAGACUAUGACUUCCCUGACCCAGCGAAGCUCGGGCCUGGUGCAGAGGCGGACCGAGGCCUCACGCAGCGCCGCCGCCGACAAGGAGAGGGGAUCCGGGGACGAGGAUUCUGAGCCCCGCAGAGGGGAAGAGCAGGAGGAAGAUGACAAGGGGGAUUCCAAAGAAACCCGGCUCACCCUGAUGGAGGAGGUGCUUCUUCUGGGACUAAAGGACAGAGAGGGCUACACAUCCUUUUGGAAUGACUGCAUCUCUUCUGGUUUACGGGGCUGCAUGCUAAUUGAACUGGCAUUAAGGGGUCGUCUUCAGUUGGAAGCAUGUGGAAUGAGGCGGAAAAGUCUAUUGGCAAGAAAGGUGAUCUGUAAAUCGGAUGCUCCGACUGGGGAUGUACUGCUUGAUGAAGCUUUGAAACACAUUAAAGAGACCCAGCCACCUGAAACUGUGCAAAGCUGGAUUGAGUUGCUGAGCGGUGAAACGUGGAACCCUUUGAAGCUACACUAUCAGUUAAGGAAUGUGCGUGAACGGCUGGCCAAGAACCUGGUGGAGAAAGGAGUGCUCACCACAGAGAAACAGAACUUCCUGCUUUUCGACAUGACCACGCACCCCCUCACCAACAGCAACAUCAAGCAGCGCCUCAUUAAGAGAGUGCAGGAAGCCGUGCUGGAGAAGUGGGUGAACGACCCCCACCGCAUGGACAAACGCUUGCUGGCUCUCAUUUUUUUAGCCAAUUCCUCAGACGUGUUGGAGAACGCUUUCGCCCCUCUUUUGGACGACCAGUACGACUUGGCCAUGAAAAGAGUACGACUGCUGCUGGACUUGGACCCCGAAGUUGAAAGUAUGAAGACCAACACAAACGAGCUUGUUUGGGCUGUCAUGGCAGCCUUUACUAAAUAGAUGUUUGAAAUGGACCGAUAUCAAACCUGUUCUCCUGUCGCUAUGUCAUGUAGUUUCCUCUUUAUUAAAUUGGGUCAUUGACUCUUCCACAUGUAUCCUCAUUUUAAUAUUUUUUUUUUCAGUCCUUCAUGUAUUUCUUUUCUUUUUUU